AUGGAUCCAAUCGUUCUACCACCGAGAAUGUUCGCCGCCAGCGAGGAACCAUUGGGCGAGCGUAGCAACUCUUACCACAAAAUCAAGAAGACGGAGAUGAUUAUUGACGCUCUCGAACCAGAGGAGUUAGAGUUCUUGCGAAACUCCACCUUCGGGAAGAUCCUUGCCAUUGACGAGAAUCCUCCAUUCUCUGGUACGUUUGGUCAGUACAUUAUUGUGAGGCUCUUGAAAGUUAACAAAAAGUACGAGAUCUGGAUCUUGUUUGCCGGAACCCCUGGUAGGAUGUCUCUGUGGGAGUUUGCGAUAGUGACUGGUCUGAAUUGUGAUAAGAAGAAGAAGAAGAAAAACCCACUCAACGAGAAGCUCUAUUGGAACGAGCUUUUUGGUUCUCUGAAUUCUUGUACCGUCGACACUGUUAUUGAUAUGCUGAAGAAAAUGAUUGUCAAAGACAGAGACACUAGGAUUAAAUUCGCAUGCCUUGCCAUCACGUCUUCAGUCUUGUUUCCCUCCUCGCAUACUCCUCGUAUAUUACCGGAGCAUGUUGAAAUGAUCAGAGACCUCAAUGAAUUUCUUGCAUACCCAUGGGGCAGAGCUUCAUAUCUGACGCUCAUCACAUCUAUUAUAUCGAAUGAUGAGAUAGCUCUAUCUCAGGUGUCUGUAGCUAUAAGGGGUUAUGUCGAUGCUAUCCAACUUGUGCUACUUGCAGCCACACCACAAUUGAAGGAAGAAAUUACAUAG